CAAAAAUUCACAUUUCGAAAUUUCACACUUUACCAUUUUAUUAUUAUGAAUUUUGGCUUUUAUGCUUCAGGGUUCUCACCAGGAAACACCACUGACGAUCCUCCCGGUCAUUCGGCAACACCAGGCGGCCGAGCCCCACACCCAGUUGCACACUUGUCUUCACUUCCUCAGCCAUAUCAAUUCGCCACUCAGUCUAUCACAUCAGCCGGCCACUAUGCAGACUCCCCCUUGCGAACAGCAGAGCCUGGACAACCGAAAGACACCACGGGCGGCAGCAGCAGGCCCAUCGGCAUGGCGUGCAGGGCGUGUCGGCAGCGCAAAAUCCGGUGCGGCGGUGAGCGGCCGCGGUGCAUGUACUGUGUCAAAAAGGGCUAUGAGUGUUUAUUGACUCCGCACAAGAAACGCGGCAGACCGAGGAAGAACACCGAUGAUCAGGGCGGAAAGCUGUUGUCUGGUACCAGGGAUGACAUUGGCAGUGAAGAAACGCCUUAUGUGGACGAAGAUAUGGAUGAGGGGGAGGGGGCCAGUUUUAAUGACAAUGGUGCUCCAGUGGAUUUGGGGAAGGGGUUUGCUGACGGGAUGCUGGAUUUGCGCCAGCUGUGGAUGGAAUUAACUGGCGGACAUGCCUCGGAGCUGCCCCUGGAGCUGUCGGCUUUGGCGGCCAAUUCUGCCACGCAGAUGGAUGAGUUGCUUGGGAGAAUCCCCAGUAUUGGGCCUAGCUUUAACCUUGGAGGCACAGUACCAGGACCAGGCACAGGCCAAGACAGCAGUGGUGGCGACUUGAAUAUACUGGCUGCGAACUACGCCUUCCCGCCAUUUGAUCCGAUGACGCCUGUGGAUCAGCUUUCCGCUGGGCUAACUGCCAGGACUGAGCGGUUGGCCAGCGGUUAUGUUGCUGCGGAUGCUGGGAUUUCGCAGCAGCAGCUUCAGAAUAUGCAUCAGAUCCAAAUGCCCUUUGCGAUGCCAUCGGCGCAAAACCAAAAUCAGAACCAGAACCAGAAUUUGGAGCAGAGCACAAGGCAGAAUCAGAGGAUGAGCCAGAGGCGAGGGGCAAGUGUGGGCUCGUCCACGCACCUGUCAUUUGGCACCGAGAGUAUAGCCGAGUCGGCCAAGGAGUCUGCUGUACUGGGGAUCGGUGAAUCCAAGCGAAUUCCAGUCGGCAGUGCCUCGCAGAAUCAAAAUAAUCACCAGAAUCAACACAAUCAGAUACAUGCGUCCGUGGUGGUUGCGCACACUAUCGAUGAGGGAAUCCGGCAGUACUUUUCCUGUGUGCACCCAUGGAUGCCGAUCCUCCACCGCCCGACUUUUGAAAAACAAGUGCUCUGUGGACAGGUCGACCCAAUCCUGUACUACGCGGUGCAGGCCAUUUCGGCGCGCUUCUGCCAGCAUCAGAAUCAAAACCAGAACCAGAACCAGCACAGCUCGCCGUUGCAAUCGCCAUCAACCUCAGCCUCAGUCUCACCCAGGCGGCCUUAUAAGCGCGGCCACCGGUUUGCACGGGCCGCUCAGUCACUGCUUCCCGAGUCCUUAAAGUGCACCAAGCUGUCAACCCUGCAAGCGAUUACCAUCCUGGCUCUAUACAUGUCCGUGUCGGGCCACUGGCAGGAGGGAGCGGCGCACGAGAAGCUGGCUGUGCAGCUGGCGUUCACAGGCCAGUACCAUCUUCUGGACGAGGAGUUUCUGAUCCCGCCAGUGACCAACAACAUGGGAUUGUUCGAGAGUGGAUGGUCGGAGCGGACCAAUCCGUCGCGGCUCGAGGCGCUGAGCCGGCCAGGCGGCAUUCUGGAGCACGAGCAGAGGCGGCGACUAUGGUGGGCGAUCUUCCACCUGGAGCGGUUCAACGGACUGGCAAUGGGACGACCAGCGAUCAUCAAGCCUGGGUGGCACUGGGUAUGGCUGCCGUGCAGCGAUGAGCUGUGGGCGUCGGACCAGCCCAGUGGCACGCUCUCGUGGGAGCUUGGACUGACCGCGGUGGAGCGCCGCCCAUCCCAGGCUGUGUCCAACUACCGCGUCGACCUUGUCUUGGCUCUUAUUAUGGGACAGCUGGUGGAGCAGCGCACGGAGAUGUUCCGCCUGUUUUUCCCGCGCAUUGACCGCGGCACCCUGUUCUAUGAUAACCUGCCGACCCAUUCCUUGCAGUGGUCCCAGCGGCUGCGCAGCCUGGCUGAAGUUGUCCAUGGCUUGGAGCGACGUAUCCGCCAGUGGCGGUUGGAUCUCGAUCAGUACGCGGAUGCAUUUUCGACCCGGCGUCAUGCGAAUUUCGAAAUCAUCGGCGCCUCCUGUCUUGUUCAUUUGUACGCCUGCGUGUUGCAGAUUAGAGAGCACCUUUUUGAGGACAUGCUUGUGCAUGAGGAGGCGCAGCAGGGCAGUGGCGGUGGCGGCGAGGCGAUGGAUGAUUUGAAUAUGGCUGGUGUUGGUGUGUUUUCGCAAAGCUCGUCGGCGGAGUGUAUGCCACCGAUGCCGCCGCCACCCUUGUUUGAGGGACUCGAGGGUGUCAGUAAUGGCUGUGCCAAUAGCUGGCGAUCGACAUAUCAGCGUGGAUACGUGGCCAGGGCAAAGAGACCUAAAUUGACAUUGCAGUUUGUCGGUGAUCUGGAUUCUCUGGCGCAGCGGUGCUGGGACAGAUCGGUGGCUGCGGCCGAUGAGACUGCAGGGCUCCUGCAUGCCCAUUGGCUGAAGCCCCUUGACCACCAGGCGGGAGUUGGUGUUUCUGAGAAGGCGGAUAUGCGAGACGAUCAUCUGGAGAGCUUUGUGUCUGGUAGCUUUACACAUCCCAGAGCAGCAGAUUCCAAGUGGACACUCGGUGCCAGUCAGCCCAAGCUCGCAGCGCACAGCAAGGGUCCACCAGUUGCCACUGCCACUGCUUCUGCCUCUGCUUCUGCCUCUGCGGGCCCUGCGUACAUGCAGGGCCUGGACGCGCGGAUCGCAGACCGGUUCAAGCUGAUGAGCCCGCAGACGCCCUAUCAUCUGUUCAUCGCAGGCAAAGUGCAGGCAGCCAGGCUCAAGCAGGCCAUCAGUUUCCAGGCAUCGGCACCCGGGCACAGUUCAGCAGCAGCAGCAGCAGCAGUGGUUGAGGAUGAGGGGGAGAAUGGCGGUGCGAAGUCGGAGGAGCGUGAGGCUGUAGUGGAAGCCAUUCGCCGCGUCAACCAAAUCUGGGACGCUCACGGUGCAGGCAUAGAUGCCCAGGCGGUGGAGGCUCGGCUGGAUCUUAUUGUGGUUGCGCUGGAGUAUUGCCAGCUGUACUGGUACUCGCUGAACUUUGCUUCGCAUUUGAAGUACUUGAAAAGAGAGGCGAUGAAAGCUGGGGACUAAGUCUUUUUUUAUUCUGUAGAUCGCGCAAUAUUGUUUUUAGCUCAGCCCCCUCCCCCCCCCGCUUUGAGCCUUAAGCCUGGGGUCGUUUUGUUUUGUUUUUGUUUUGUUUGCGCACCAUCGUCAUCGCCACUCGCU